CUGUGGAUGGAUGUUAAAAGAUCUCGAGCUGUGUCGUCUAGGCUAGGAAAUUAUCACGAGUAACAACCUGGACGUAAUUAUUUUCAGUUGCAGUUAAUUUAGCGUUUACAGGAGAGCCUGGUGCACAUAUUAACGCAGCAUGCAAUAAAUAUAUGACUUAUGACGUAUAAUUUAUUGUGCAGUUCUUUUUCCUCUCUCGCGUUUCCUUGGAGAUUGCUUUAAGAUUGUUCCAUCUUGUGAAUUUGAGGAAUAAUGGCUGAAGUUGAGGUCCACCUGCACCAUAUUUUCGGUUUGCGCGCAGCAGUAAGAAAUAAUUUGCACUUUCUUGACGAGCAAACGGUCAUUUUUCCGUGCGGGAACAACUGCGCGCGCUACAACAUACACCAACGAUGCUACAAGUUCAUUGCAGGUACAGAGAGGAGCCAGGGCAUGCAGGCUCUUGCCAUUAGCCCCAACUGGCGCUAUCUGGCUGUGUCAGAGUGCGGCGAGAGAGGCACCAUCACCAUCUACGAUCUGCAGCAUGAACAGAGCCGUAAAAAGAAGGUGCUGACGGGUGGCAAUGUCAACGUGCAGGAGUUUGUCUGUAUGGCAUUCUCUCCUGACUCAAAGUACCUGCUGGGCCAGGGUGGAGGACCCGAGUGGACCCUCGUCUACUGGGUGUGGGAGAAAAAUAAGGUCAUGGCUACAGUGAAGAGCACAAAUGCCGGCCCUGUCUAUCAGGUCAGCUUUAACCCUCAGGACAAUACACAGAUCUGUGUGAGCGGGAAUGGUGUGUUCAAGCUUUUCCGCUAUGUGGACGGCUCCCUGAAACAGACCAACUCUGCAAAGCUGGAGACGCAGAACAUCCUGUCUCACGCAUGGAUGUCUGAGGAGCGCAUCAUCGCUGGAACGGAGACGGGACGACUGCUGGUGUUCGAGUCAGGAGACCUGCGUUGGGAGAUGAGCGUGGCCAGCAAGAUAACUGAACAGGAGACUGUGAGACAAAAGGAGGACGAGACCCCAUCAGCUCCGGCCUUGAUGCCGCGAGUGACCAUCAUCAAGGCUUAUUCUAAAGGCUUUGCAUGUUCAGCUGGUCCAGGAACUGUGUGUCUGUUUGAGAAAACUGAGGAGAAGGACAGUUAUAGACAAAUCAGGGAAAUAAGGAUACCUCCGGACCCGUGCAGCAAUGAGCCAAGUCAGGCAGAGCAGCAGGAGAUUGCCACAAUGUGUAUCAGCCCAUCAGAGGAGACUCUGGCCACCAGCACAGACCGCGGCCAAAUCUAUCUCAUUGCACUCGCUUCGGCUGAGAUGAGCAAGGGUAUGCGGGCUCACUUUGAGUUUCUCUCCCACUCUUUUCACUCUGGGAUCAUCACCGGUCUGUCUGUCUGCAUCCGCAAACCGCUCAUCGCCACCUGCUCCAUGGAUCACUCCAUACGCAUCUGGAAUUAUGAAACUGGUGCUUUGGAGCUGUAUAAGGAGUUCCAAGAGGAGUCGUACAGUGUGGCACUGCACCCAUCCGGCCUCUUUAUCCUGGCGGGCUUCUCUGACAAGCUCCGCCUCAUGAACCUGCUCAUUGAUGACAUCCGCACCUUCAAGGAGUUCACCGUGCGCAGCUGCCGAGAGUGUGUGUUCAGCCACGGGGGUCACAUGUUUGCUGCUGUCAACGGUAAUGUGAUUCAUCUCUACUCCACCACGACCUUUGACAACAUCCUGAAUCUGAAAGGUCACAGUGGCAAGGUGCGGUCAGUGGUGUGGAGUGCUGAUGACAGUCGUCUGGUGUCGUGUGGAAUGGACGGAGCCGUGUAUGAGUGGAAUGCUCUGAAUGGCCAACGUGAGUCCGAGAGCGUGUUGAAGUCGUGCAGUUACACCAGCGUGGCGAUCUCGCCUGACACCAGGAGCAUUCUCGCCGCGGGCAACGACUGCACGCUGAAGGAGAUCCAGGACUGCAAGAUCCUGAGGGAAGUGGCCUCCGAUGAUGUGAGCUACACAUCCAUUGUCAUGACUCGCUCAGGCCGAGCACUCUUCACCGGGACCAGCAGCGGCACCAUAAGGGCCAUCAAGUACCCUUUACUCAUGCAAAAAGACUGGACAGAGUACCAGGCCCAUUCUGGUCCCAUCACUAAAAUGGUGAUCACGUUCGAUGAUCAGUACCUUCUGAGUGCUUCAGAAGAUGGCUGUCUCUUCAUCUGGAAAAUCACUGAGCAGGAAGGACGCGGGCUGAAGAGGGACAAAGAAAUGAGCUAUGCGGAGGAGAUUCUCAUCACCAAGUCUGAUCUGGAGGAAAAGAACCAAAUCAUACUGGAACUUAAGACCCGGGUGGAAGAGCUGAAGAUGGAGAAUGAGUACCAGCUACGUCUUAAGGACAUGAACUACAAUGAGAAGAUCAAGGAACUCACAGAGAAGUUCAGCCAGCAGAUAGAGUCGCUUACAACCCAAAACCAGGUGCUGAAAUCGGAGAAGGAGAAGCAGGAGGUCACACACCAGGGAGCGCUAAAGGACAUUACAGAGAAAUACGCUAAAGAGCAGCACGAUCUGGAAUCCACCAACAACCAGAAGCUGAUGCUGGAGUACGAGAAGCACCAGGAGAUGCAGCUGAAAUUGCAGAAGAUGCAGGAGAGCUAUGAGGAGAAGCUGCACGAUCUGGAGGAUGGCCGUCUGCGUGCCCUGGAGGACAUGACGCAGUUCUAUGAGGCCAAGCUGCAGGAGAAGGUGCUCGAGCUGGGCCAGUGUCAGGAUGAGUCUCAGCAGCAGUUGCGAGAGUUUGAGGAAAUAAAGAAGCAGAUAGAGGAAGACAGCGAUCUCGAGCUCCACGACAUCCGUGUCAAAUACGAACGCAAGCUCUGGGAGGAAAAGGAGACCAACUUGAAGCUCAAUGGAGAGACGAGAGUCAUGAAGAAGAAGUUCACCAGCCUGCAGAGGGAGAUUGACAACCGCAACCUGGACAUCGAGAAGCUGAAGGUGGAGCAGCAGAAGCUGCAUGGUGUCAUCAAGGCUCUGGAGAAGGACAUCAUGGGACUGAAGAGGGAGAUCCAGGAGAGAGACGAGACCAUCCAGGACAAGGAAAACCGCAUCUAUGAUCUUAAGAAGAAGAACGAGGAGCUGGAGAAGUUCAAAUUCGUGCUGGAUUACAAAGUCAGUGAGCUGAAGAAGCAAAUUGAGCCACGAGAGAAUGAAGUGAAGGAGAUGAAGGAACAGGUCCAUGAGAACCAGUGACACAGUCAGUGAAGAUAUGGGCUGUUAAGUAUUUUUUAUUUUUUUUUGGUCAACCUCUUGCAUAUAACCAACAACCACUAUUUUGCUAUGAGCUAUUUUGCUAUAAGACAUGUAUGUUGAAUUAAUUUUGGGUGAUUGCCAAUUAUGUGUUCAUUGAAUUGUUGAGAUCACUGUGAAUAACUAUAUGUUGCCUAAGUUUAAAAUAACCGUUUACCAUUUCAUGCACUUGCAGGGUUUGGCAUCCUCCUGUCAACCUUUUGGUCACACAAGUGAUUGUACCUUUGUUUGGGGAUUAAAUGGUACAGACAUGGCCCCUUUGACAGUUGGAAACAUAUUUGUACCUUAUUUACCCCUAAAUGCUACAUAUUAGUACCUUAAUAUGUAACUAUGACCCAGUGAGGGUACAACCACAGCAGUUGUACCCUAACUGUUCACAAACGGACCCCAACCAUACCUUUUUUUCUGACAGUGUAGUCUGGACUGAAGAGGAAAUGCAAGUUCAGUAAUGAAGAAAUAAAUGUGUUAAUAAAUGAAGUUCUUAUUAGAUAAAGACUCUUAUCUAAAGACUCAGAAAAAGUGAACAGUGUGGAGGACAUUAAUAUGGCUGAUUUGAAAUUAGAUCACUAAUGUGUUUGAAUAAAAAGAUGGCUGUGUAGAGUAUAAACUAUUUCAUAUAAGAGUGUAACUGAAAUACUCAUUUUUCUUGUGAUUGACAGCAGCUUCUAUAACAUUUGAAAAAUUGGCAACAUCACAAAAUUCCUGUUUAGGAUUGAAUCUCUUCAUUAGAUAUACUGUAUAUUAAUGUAUAUUAUACAUUUUAUAUGAUUUGUUUGUUCUUUUAUGUGAAGCACUGAUUGGAAAUUAGCUUUUCUAUAUAAAUAGUUUAUUUUGAAAUUAUUAUUGCACACUAAUACAGUAUAACAAGCGCUUGGUAUUUAUGACUGUCUGAUCAGAGGAUGCC